UCGCCUGCAACGCGAUCUGGUCAAUUUUAUCGGGGUCGUAGAUCAAUAGUGACGUAAAGUGCGUGGGAUGACUAAACCUAGCUCGACUCCACACCGAGCCGCCCGUAUUUUGACAGGCAGCUUUGUCAGAUCUCACGGUGAGACUCCUGACAUUAUGCUAAGCUAGCCAGAGGCUAGUAGUAGUAGUGGAGGCUAGGGAGAAAGCGUAGGCAAUGUUAAUCUACAGGGGGAGAAGAGCUCCUCGUUGAGACCACCAUGGAUACCCUCAGAAACCUUCUAAGGACCUCGCCUCCAGCGCGGCCGCAGACGGUGUCUGAACGGGUCGUCGGUGCCUUGACGACACCCCUCGAUCCCCGGGCCUUCUCGCCGCAGAAUCCCCACUUCAUCCCUCUACCUGGCUCGAAGCCGAUUCCGGUCUGGGCCGCCAUCCUGCCUCCUUUGAGCUACUAUGUCGCACUGACGCUGCUUCCGCCUCUGUCUCAUCACGGUGCUUUUUCUUCUUCAGCAGUAGCAGCAACGGGGAAGUGGCAAACACUAGCUACCUCGCUCCGAUUCGCCCUUGCCACCAUCAGCAUUGUGACAUUUGCGGUUCUGCCAUUCGCAUACCACGUACCCGGCAGCGCCAUUCUCACCUACCAGCUCGGACUCGUGGGCUGCUACGGUGCAUGCCGCGUUUUUGACGUCUUCUUCCUCUCUUAUCCUCGCGUGCCGAGGCGCCUGAGGCUGGACACGAGCAAACCAGCGACUGGAAGACAGUAUCCCAGCGAGCUGCCAAAUGAACAAUGGCCGACGCAAGACCAUCCCGUUGGAUUCAAAGCUAGACUCUGGUGGGCGUUGGACCUGCUCAUUAGUAUGAGAGGUGUGGGCUGGGACUAUGCGUCGCCCGACGUGAGACACGACACCAAUCCCUGGCAGCCGCCAAGCCGUCGCCAGUUGCACCGAGCCUUUUUCAAGAUUGGUCCUGUGCUGGCCGUCUGCCUAUUCGGUCUUCGUGCCAUGCACGCAUCCGACUACAUGGUCACCGGCAUGAGCAUCACGCGGCUGCCCGUUGGCCUCCGGCCGUUGUUUGUCGCAUUCACCGGCGUCUCGCUCUAUGCCCUCUUUGACUUUGGCUACACCGUCGUCUCUGCCCUUGCUCUGCCCGUCCUGAGGCUCAUCGCCCCCUCGGCCACGGCAGCAGCGCAGCCGAGCGAGGAGCUGCACAACGUCGACUUCUUCCCCUUGCUCAACCCCGUCAAUCUAACGGAGCUACGCAGCGUGCGGUGCUUCUGGAGCAAGUGCUGGCAUCGUCUCUUCCACCGUGCCUUCCUCGUCUAUGGCGUGCUGCCCUUUCAACGACUGGCGCUACUCAUCGAAUACGCCUUCAGGUGGAUCGUCGCUCGCGCGCAGGGACGUGCUGCACCAUCAACACCCUUUGCCGACGGUCGGCCCUCGCCAGCCCGGCACGCAGACCCGGGACGGGUGCUGAAUCGGGGCCAGGGCGACUGGGGAAAGGUCGUGGGCGCCUUUGUGGCCAGCGGUGCGAUCCACGCCGUCAGCGAGCGAGCGGCGCUCGGGGGCAGACUGGCGCUUCCCCCGCAGCACGCCACGGUGCUCCUGGCGGCUGGUAAAGGAGGCAGCCAUGGGAGUGGCAUUUGGAGUGUCACGUCAUUUUUGCCACCGUUCAGCGGCGCAGGCGAAUUCACCUUUUUUCUGCUGAAUGGGCUCGCUGUCGUGGUCGAGGCCGUGGUAGGCAAAAUUGUCAUGGCACAGAGACGAAAAGAGCUCCAAAAAGCAAAAGGCAGCAGUGUACAACCACGGUGGUAUGACAUUUACAUCCAGCUGACGUGGACACUCACUGUCCUCCUGACGUCUGGCGAGCUCUUUGUAGAGGGCUGGCUCGCCUCUGGCCUCGUCGAUGAGCUCACAUUUCGCAGCCAUUGA